AACUCCCCAGUUGACAUGGCUAUCCCGAUAAAUAUAAGUGCAACAGAGCUUUCCACACAAAGUUCCAAACUUGUUUUCCCCAAAAAGAAGCAAAGCACACAAAAACUAACCUCUCUCUCUCUCAGCCCUGCGGUGGUUACCGGUGCUCCGAGAAGCUCACCGGAAAUAUACUGCAACAUGAAGAUUAACGUGAAGACCCUUAAAGGAACUCACUUUGAAAUCCAAGUGCAACCCCAAGACACGGUUGCUGAUGUGAAGAGAAAUAUAGAGAGAGAACAAGGUGCUGAAGUUUAUCCAGCUGCACAACAAAUGCUUAUUCAUCAGGGGAAAGUGCUUAAGGAUGACACAACCCUUGAAGACAAUAAAGUUGCUGAGAAUAGUUUUGUGGUGAUUAUGCUAUCCAAGAGCAAGGUAUCAUCAGGUGAAGCCUCAACUGCAUCAUCUGCAUCCGCAAAACAGGCAGCUGAACCGGCGAGUUCUUUGCCUCCCACUUCAUUGCCAUCCUCAACAUCUCAACCUCCUGCUUCAACUGUAGGACAGGGAGUAUCCAAUUCUGAGCAAAAUCCUGUUACAACUCCUGCCAGUGAUGUGGCCGGCAUUUAUGGCCAAGCAGCAUCAAACCUCAUUUCAGGAAGCAAUUUAGAAUCGACUAUUCAACAGAUUCUAGACAUGGGGGGAGGUAGUUGGGAUCGAGAUACUGUUAUCCGUGCUCUUCGUGCAGCAUUUAACAAUCCUGAAAGAGCUGUUGAGUAUCUCUAUUCGGGUAUUCCUGAUAUGGGUGCAAAUGAAAAUGCGGGCGACUUGGAUUUCCUGCGGAACAGUCAACAGUUCCAAGCCCUGAGAGCGAUGGUGCAAGCAAAUCCCCAGAUUUUGCAGCCCAUGCUUCAGGAAUUGGGUAGACAAAAUCCACACCUAAUGCAGCUCAUCCAAGAGCAUCAGGCUGAUUUCUUACGCUUGAUAAAUGAACCUGAUGGAGAAGAGAAUCUACCAAGUGAGUUGGCUUCUGCAGUGCCCCAGACCAUCACUGUCACCCCAGAAGAGAAUGAGGCUAUUCAAAGGCUUCAAGAUAUGGGAUUUGAUAGAGAUCUUGUGUUGGAGGUGUUCUUUGCAUGCAACAAAAACGAGGACCUGGCAGCCAACUAUCUUUUGGAUCACCAGAAUGAAUUUGAAGACUAAGAAGAUGGUUCUGUUCAUCUUCACCAGCUAUGCUCCUUUGAUGUCGUUGCUUAUCAUCUGAACUCUUUGGAGAAGUGGCAAUGUCAAUACUUAUUUGCUUAGCUUUAUUAUUGAUCCUCGUGAACCAUACUGCCUGUAGAUUAUUAAUUUCAGACCAUUGACUGGAAAAUAUAGAUGCCAAGAAAUCGAUAGGUGCUUUUAUUCUUCUGCAGCCGUAAUUUUUUCCAGCUUUGUUUUCUCUAACUUCAUUUAACUUAUUUUAUUAAGUGAAGGAUUUGGAAACUUGAAAAA